UUCCUGGGUAUAAGUUCAAGGCCAGCUGGUCCCGUCUCAGCUCGUGUUCACAACAGGCUCGUCUACCACCAAAAGAAGUAGCUGUCACAAUAUGCAGCUCCUCAAAGUCCUCCCUGCUCCUCUGUUCGCGGCCCUUGUGGCCUCCGCACCCCUGGCGGCUCCCCAGAUUUCUGUCGACUAUGGACAACUUGAACAGUUCGCCCAAGAUGUCCAAUCUUUCGCCGAUAGCACUUACAGCCAAUUCAGCCAGGUGUCCGCGCAAUUUGAUGUCUUAACUGGAAGCUACUCGGGCUCUGGGCGGGAAUCUUUCGGCCAGCUUCUGGCAAAGCUUAGUGCCUCAGUUUAUGACAUUCAGCGGGUUUCAGCUGAUAUCGCAUCGACUAUUGACGCCACUGCAUCCGCGUACGAGGAUGCCGAGAGCUCUGCCAUUGGAACCUUCUUCAGCAAGCGUGAUCAACUUCGUGCUCGAGACAACGCUGCGGUUAUGGCCGAGGCUGGCUUGAUGAAGGAGGCUGGCUUGAUGGGGGAGGCUGGUUUGAUGAACGAGGCCGGCUUGAUGAACAAAGUUGAUGAUUCGAUCGCCCCCGUGUCCGGUUUGCAGACUGCCAAAGAUGCUGUUGCUGAUAUGGCUGAAGUUGACGGCGUCGACGACGCCGACGCCAUGAGUCCUGUCCCCACUGCUGCACCAUCGACUGGGAGUGUUACUCCUGAGCAAGCCACUGGCUCUGGUGCUGAGAACGUCACCCCCGAGCAGGCCACCGGUUCUGGUGCUGAGGGCUUAAACCCCCAGCAAGCCACCGGCUCUGGUGCUGAGGGAGUCACCCUCGAGCAGGCUACUGGCUCUGGUGCUGAGAACGUCACUCCUGGGCAAGCUACCGGUUCCGGCGCUGAGGGCGUAAACCCCCAGCAAGCCACCGGCUCUGGUGCUGAGGGCGUCACCCUCGAGCAGGCUACUGGCUCUGCAGGAGUUGACCAAACUUUGGGCUCCGAUGGAACGGGCAUUGAUGAAAAUAUCAGCGCUGAUGCAACCGGAGUUGAUCAGACCCUUGGGACUGCGGACCAGCAUGUGCCAGUGGUCCCCGAGGAUCCUACUGCUGGAGUUACGUUCGUUGCCAACAUUAAGACGGCGCAUGAAGGAACCGUGGAGACUGAGGAUUCGCACCGGCCCUAGGUGUUUGAAUCUUUGGAGACCACUGCUCCCUUCAGGCAGUGAGGAGAGCGGCAACUGAGAAUUGACAGGGAUUGUUAUGGCCUAGGCCUCUUAUGUGAUUAAGUAUUAUUGGCUAAUGUUAAGAGCGUACCUAUGGGGUCAUUAUUCUCAAACGAGUCUAACUGUAUAGAUAGGCCCUUUCGGCGCAAAGGUGAAACUUAAAAUCUAA